GUCACUGUCCCGAAAGCAAGGAGAAAUGAGAAAAGCAAGAGACAUCGCGUUUCCUGUCUCCCAAGCAUCUAUGAAAUUCCACGCUGACAGCUUCUUCAGUCCUCCUCCCUCCCUCUCUAUCUCUUCCCAUCUCCUCGCAUUCCUUACUCGCACCCUUCCAUGGAGAAACCCCAUCUCGAAUCAGACUCGCGAGCCUUCGCGCCUCUUGAAAUGGCGGAAGCAUCCGUUCCAAAGGCAACCGCUGUGGCCGCGUGUACGGCCAUGGCAGUCUUCUACGUCGCCAUUCUCUACUCGCCCACCCUCAUCCUCCGACUGCCUCAUCCAACCUCCGUAAAGAGCUUCAUGAUCCGACGGUUCGUAUGCGCUGCCAUAUCCUCGAUCGUGUCCGCCUUCGCCUCGGCACUCCUCCUCCCGAUAGGAAGCUUUCAGGCAGCCUCGUCUAUCUUUGGUGUUUAUGGCAUCCGAGUUGACCAUCUGUGGCAAGCUGUGGUUUUUCCUCUUUCCUUGACUUCUCUUUUGUACACGGGAUCAUUGGUCUCAAAAUGCACGUUUCUGGCAAGUGCAUGGAAUGAAAAUAAGUUUCAUGCUGAAGGUUGUUCAGUCGAGUGCAUCAAAAGAGCCCCUCAAAGGCUUCUGGAUCAGAUCCAAUCGAUUGCUUCUAAUGUAUUGGCUUGGCGUGUUUAUGUUGUGGCUCCAUUUACAGAAGAGGUUGUGUUUAGAGCAUGUAUGAUCCCAUUGCUUCUUUGUGGAGGAUUCAAAACUUCCACCAUUGUAUUUCUCAGCCCAAUUUUCUUCAGCUUAGCACACUUGAAUCAUUUUUUGGAGCUAUAUUGCCUGCAAAACUAUAGCUUUUGCAGAGCUGCCCUGAUUGUAGGUCCACAGCUUGGUUAUACUGUGAUCUUCGGGAGCUAUGCAUCUUUUCUCUUCAUCCGAACAGGUUUGUUAAUGCAUUUGGCAUUUGCUUUCUCCCACUGUGGCUCAUAUAUUCUGCAACGUGAUGGGUUUGCCUGUUUUGUUGCCUCCACGGAGAAAAGGGGUGACGAUCCUCGCCUUUCUGGCCGGAAUGGUGGGUUUUUUCUGGCUUCUUUUUCCAGCCACGAGUACGGAUUUAUACAAUGACAGAACAGAUAAUUGUAGAUGUUGGCACGGAUAUUGUAGUUGGACUUCUAAGAACCCGCGAGUCACUUGAGCACGAUAAACGCAUUCAGUCAGGUAUAUUUAUUUAUUUUUAUACCAUUCUGUAGAGGGUCGAUAGCCCCCACAGGACCCCUCCA